AACAGCUCGACGAAUUUCAGACGGACACCAAAAGAGGAGAUUGACUUGCGCCGGGAUGCAGGGUCUGAGCUCACGAGCCCAUGCGUUCUCGGUGGAGGCGCUGGUCGGGAAAAGCUGCAAGCGGAUGAAAGUGGAGAACGAGAAAGAAGCAAGCUCUAUGGGAGACACCGCAACCGAUGCAGGAACCAUAAUUCACGACUCAGAAGACUAUGUUGAAGAUCCCCCGUCGAACCCCAGAAAAAAGGCACGUUCUACACCGAUGACGCCUGGGUCUGACCCAGAAGAAGAGCCUCGGAUAGUCGGGGUGGACGAGCCCGGCCUGGCUGAAGAGACCAGGGGGCCGGGAGAGAGUAUGUGUCACCCGGGCAGAGAUGUUCGGGUAGACCUGCAGGGUUCAGAGUUGUGGAACCGAUUCCAUGAGAUCGGGACAGAGAUGAUCAUCACCAAGGCUGGCAGGAGAAUGUUUCCGUCUGUGCGCGUGAAGGUGCGUAACCUAGACCCCUGCCAGCAGUAUUAUAUCGCAAUGGACAUCAUGCCAGUGGACUCCAAACGUUACAGGUAUGUGUAUCAUAGCUCACAGUGGAUGGUGGCGGGAAACACGGAUCAUUCCUGUAUCGCUCCGCGCCUAUACGUGCACCCGGACUCCCCGUGCGCUGGAGAGACUUGGAUGCGCCAAAUAAUCAGUUUCGACCGCGUCAAACUCACCAAUAAUGAAAUGGACGAUAAAGGACAUAUAAUACUUCAGUCGAUGCACAAAUACAAACCUCGCGUUCAUGUGAUCUUGCACGACCAGCGAAUGGACCUGUCCCAGAUUCCGUCGCUCCCAGCCGAAGGCGUCUACACUUUUUCCUUCCAAGAAACGGAGUUCACCACCGUUACAGCCUAUCAGAAUCAACAGAUAACUAAGCUGAAGAUUGACAGGAAUCCAUUUGCAAAAGGCUUCAGAGACCCUGGAAGGAACAGGGGGGUGUUAGAUGGACUGUUGGAGUCCUACCCAUGGAGGAGUCCCCUGAGCUUAGACUUCAAGCCCUUCAACCUUCUACAAGGAAACUCUGGGAUGUCAGCCAGCGGGGUCUUGCCCCUGAAGAGCCUCAUCCCCUUAUCCUGCCCUCCUCCUGCACACCCCUUCUCCCUCUCCUGCCAGGAGGGCAGUCUUCACAGCCUCAGCCUCCCCCUCUACUGCAAGUCCUCCUCCCCUCUAGCAGCCCGGGCCUUCUCCUCCCCUGAAGGAGGCAGACUGAGGGGGCUGCCCCCUCUGCCCCCGCUCUCAGACUUAUCCUUCUUCUCUGCGCUGCAGGGGAAGAAAGCCUCCUACUGUAGGGGCUUGUGCCUCCAGGGGCCCUUAGGGGCCCCCUCCUGCCUGCUUCCCCUGCAGAGCCCUCUGAGUCCCCGGGCUCCACAUCCUCACCACCCCCACCACCCUGACUCUGCUGCCGGUGCCUCCUACUGCCUCUACCGUUACGGCCUUCCCAUGAACCCACACCUCGCCGCGCUCUCUCGCCACGCCAAGCUGGCCGAGGGCACCACAGACUGCCUUCGAGGGCACCUACAGACAGCCUGGCAUCCCACCACCAACCACUGCCUCUGACUACAGUGCUAACCUUCCACCCUGCCACCUAGGCCUCAGCCUCUCACCAACUAAGCCUGGACCUUGCCUGAACAGCUAGCCUGAAACGGACUCACCUUCGGUGAGUCCGUUUCAGGGUUACAAAAGGACUUGACAGUUGCAGUAUGUGGAGGUUCUCUCACAGACCAGAGUGAGAGAACAUGUGAGCAUGACACAUUUUGGAUGGUUGUUCAGGUGAUGCACUUAAUCCAUGCAAUGGAUUUGAACUAAGUUAUAGACAAUGCCCACUCAGCCAUAUGUUUCCACAGGACUAGAUGGGAGUUAAAGAGAGCACCAUCUUGGAAACACACGUCUUUACUCCUUACAAAAGUCAAUGGACUAUAAAAGUGUUUUUUGAGCACCAAGUCAAUGAACCAAGUAUCAUGAACUCACUGACAAAUAGAGUUUGUUAUUGUGGUUUAAACAACCAGAAGUGCCUUUUAAAAGGAAGACAUAAGCCAUGUGACUCAUGGGUACACAGCAUCCAUGUCAUAUAUUUUUUAUACAUGUAGAGAACAUGAAUGAGUAAACUAUUUGCCUUCAACUGUGUUUAUCGAACAGUAAAUUAUAACACCAGGAACUAUAUAUUACAUAACUUCUACAUUUUAAUUGCAUUCCUUUUGCAUACAGAACUGCACAGUAUACAAUACAGAUGCUGAAUUUCCUAUUCGCUGUGUAAGU